AUGUCUUCCAAGCUAAAGUUGAUGGACCAGCUGAUUCAACGGUUGACAGAAAGGACUCUACCUGCAAACAAGACCAUUGUUCCCAAGGUGGUGAAACACAAUACCUUGGGCCACAUCUUCCAGAGUUGGUUUCAGAAUGCCGUUACACCGGGAAUUGAAGAACUCACCGUGGAACUAUCUUCAAAGUCAGGAAUAUAUUACAACUUUCCGUGGUCACUUUUAGCUAAUGAGAGCGGAAACACGAUUCGGUAUCUAAAUAUUUCUCGUUGUGCUUUCUCUCCCACCAGCGGGUUAUGCUUUAAAAACCUGUCAAGACUCGACCUGAGUGAUGUUGAUAUCACAGGGGACCAAUUGGGGUCCCUUCUUCACAAUUCUUUUGCUUUGCAACGGAUGCAACUCAAGUUUUGCAAUAAGAUAAUUUGCUUGAAAAUACCAUUUCAUCUACAACAACUCAGAUAUCUGGAUGUGUUUGACGGCGGCAGGAUGCUGCGGGUUAUAGAGGUAGAAGCUCCAAACCUCUCUAAUUUCCAGUUUAGGGGACAUCGUCAAGUACAACUAUCAUUUGGAGUAGGAUUACAAUUCAAGAAUUUCGACUUGUCCUUUCCUGGUGUUCUCAGCUAUGUUUGUGCUGAUUUUCCGUCUAGCUUGCGCUAUGUUGAAGCUCUUUCUCUAGGUUCAUGUCAUGAGGUAUAUGCUAAAUCCUUGAUAUGCAUGAUGAUUGAUACACCAGUUUUACCUAGCAAAUUCUUACAUCUCAAGCACUUGAAUGUUGAUCUUAGUACACUGACAUUUCCCUCGACCUAUGACUACUGUUCUUUGAUAUCCCUUUUUGAUGCUUCUCCUUCUUUGGAGACCCUUGUCAUGAAUGUUUUGCAGAAAAAGAUGUUGCAUGAAUCAAUCGUGGGAGAUACAUCACAUUUGAGGCAGAUGCCAGGGCACCGCCAUGAUAGCCUCAAGACAGUGAAGAUUAUUGGUUUCUCCUCUGCAAAGAGCUUAGUAGAGCUAACAUGCCAUAUCAUUGAGAAUACAACGUCACUUGAGGGCCUUACAUUGGACACCACAACAGGACAUCCUUUGUAUAGUUGUUUAACCAACAAUAUUGGAAAGUGCAUGCUGUUGCACGGGGAUUUUAUGGUGGAAGUUCGUCAAGGGCUCUUGGCUAUCAGGACAUAUGUUGAGCCAAAAGUUCCUUCCAGAGUCAAGCUAAAUGUUGUGGAGCCUUGCCGCCGAUGCCAUGAUCAACCACUGAUCAUAUGUUGA